AACACUCUAACCAUGAUCACGUUGUACUUGUUGCUCGCCAUACCACUGGCGCUGUACAGCAUCUACCUCAUAUCAAUAAGAAAAUACAGAUACUGGGAGAAAAAGAAAGUGCCGCAUAUACCACCAAAACUAAUUCUGGGAAAUUUCUCCGAACAUAUUCUUCAGAAGAAAUACCUUGGACGUGUUGAACAGGAACUAUGUAAAAUGUUCCCCGAAGAACCAUACGUUGGUUCCUACUUAGGCACGGAACCAACGCUUAUUAUACAAGAUCCAGAAUUAAUCAAGGCCGUCAUGACAAAGGACUAUUAUUUCUUCAGCGGCCGUGAAACAUCAAAUUACUCGGAAAAAGAAUUGGCAACUAGAAACCUUUUCUUGAGUUCUGGUGACAAGUGGAAGGUGCAACGUCAGAACCUCACGCCUUUAUUCUCAUCCGCCAAGAUGAAGAAUAUGUUUCAUUUAGUUGAGAAAUGUGCGCGUGUCUUCGAAACUCUGAUCGACCAAGAAGUACAGAAGGGUAAAGAUAUUGAAGUGAAAGCCCUUAUAGGUAAGUUCACAAUGGAUUCAAUUGGAAACUGUGCUUUUGGUGUUGAGACUCGCACAAUGGUGAAGACUGAAAAUAAUCCAUUCACGGAAAUCGGUAAUGUCAUCUUUGAUACUAAUUGGUACAGAGCAUUCAAGCUUGUCGCAAGAGGUAUCUGGCCAGCCAUCUUUUAUGGUUUGGGAUUCAAAUCACAACCUGUUGACGUUGACAAUUUCUUUACCAAUUUGAUGACUGAAACCUUUAAAGGGCGAGAUUACAAGCCAACAACGAGGCACGACUUCGUUGAUCUUAUGUUGAAGUUGUAUAACCAGAAAACGGUGACCGGUGACAGUAUGUCGAACAGGAACGGUGAUGCAUCAAAGAAAGUGACUUUAGAAAUUGACGAUGAAUUUUUGAUAUCCCAAUGUUUCUUGUUCUUCGCUGCUGGCUUUGAGACGUCGGCAACUACGUUGAGUCAUACUUUGCUUGAAUUGGCGAAAAACCCCGAAGCUCAAGAGCUGGCGUUCCAAGAUGUGGACAACUAUAUGCGUCGCAAUGAUAACGUAUUAAAAUAUGAGUGCGUUACUGAGUUGCCUUACGUGGAAGCUUGUGUUAAUGAAGCUCUUCGUCUGUACCCAGUGCUGGGAGUCAUAACUCGGGAAGUCAUUGAGGAUUACACAUUCUCAACAGGAUUAAAGUUAGAGAAAGGGCUCCGGGUACAUUUGCCUGUGUACCACAUGCAACACAACCCUAAGUAUUUCCCCGAGCCAGAGCAGUUUCGUCCGGAGCGGUUCCUGGGUGACGCUAAACAGAAUAUUAUACCAUAUACGUACUUUCCUUUUGGCGAGGGACCUAGACUUUGUAUUGGAAUGAGGUUCGCAAAGAUGCAGAUUACAGCGGGAAUUAUAACUUUACUGAAGAAAUAUCGAGUGGAACUUGCUCCAGGAAUGAAUGAAAAAGUUGACUUCGAGCCUCGAUCUGUGAUCACCGCGCUAAUUGGAGGAAUCCAACUGAAAUUCGUACCACGAGAGGGUUGGGAACAGCGUCUAUUCAAGGCUGCGUCAUAAGUAUAGGUUAGUUUUAUUUAUGUAAACGAUAUUCAUUCAUUUAUUCAUUAACUUCUUCACGACUGUUCGUUUGUCGAUUACGAGACCGUAAUGUGGACACAUUGCAUGAUUUAAUGAAUUCAUGCGUUCGUCAAACACAAUAGGCGGUUUUAACGUUUCCGCUUCAUGGACCGUUUUUUUUUUUAUUCUUAAGCAAGAUGCACGCAUUUGUAGGCCGUUUAUUGUUUGUUAAGGAUGCAUGCAUUCGUCAAAUGACGCAAAGUGGAUAAUUAUCAUAAGGAUGCUUCAGUUUAAACCCUUUUUAGCUUGCUGACAGACAUACAGACUGUCUGUCUAUCACCAGGCUAUAUUUCACAAAUUGUCCUAAUUUUCACAGAUAAUGUAUAACAAAUACUUGAAAUAAAUGUGUAAAACAGUUUUCCUUAC